GGGGGGUACUCUCUGAGCCGGGCGGAGGGGUGGGGGGGGGAGAGAGGAGCGCAGAGUGAGAGAGUGCAGGACGCUCCAGGAGGCAGGGGGCGGGGGGGCGAGCAGCGCCGCGGCCACCGCCGCCUCCGCCUCCACCGCCCGGGACGAGGGGGUGGGGGACGGGCGAGCCCCGAUGCCGGGGGAGACAGAAGAGCCGAGACCCCCGGAGCUGCAGGACCAGGAAGGGGGAGAGGCGGUGGUGGCCGAGGCGGCUCCAGAAGAGCUCCAACAACAUCCCCUGGAGGUGGAGGUGGAGGCGGAGGCGGCGGCGCCUGCGGGGACCACUAGCAGCCGCGUGCUGAGGGGAGGACGGGACCGGGGCCGGGCCGCUGCGGCUGCGGCGGCGGCCGCCGCUGCCGCCGCCGCCGCUGUGUCCCGUCGGAGGAAGGCCGAGUAUCCCCGCCGGCGGAGGAGCAGCCCCAGCGCCAGGCCCCCGGACGCCACCGGGCUGCAGUCCCACCAGGCCGCGAAGCCCGCGUCUCCAGCUCAGGGCAAGAAGAGUCCGCGACUCCUAUGUAUAGAAAAAAUAACAACAGACAAAGAUCCCAAGGAAGAGAAAAAUGAAGAAGACAGUUCUAUCCUCCCUCAGGAAGUUACCAUUACUACAACUAGGCCUAGCCGAGGCUGGCGCAGUAGCAGCAGGACAUCUAUCUCUCGGCAUCGUGACACAGAGAACACCCGAAGUUCUAGGUCCAAGACUGGUUCAUUGCAGCUCAUCUGCAAGUCAGAACCAAAUACAGAUCAGCUUGAUUAUGAAGUUGCAGAAGAGCAUCAAUCUCCAGGUGGCAUCAGUGAGGAGGAAGAAGAAGAAGAAGAAGAGAUGUUAAUCAGUGAAGAGGAAAUACCAUUCAAGGAUGACCCAAGAGAUGAGACCUAUAAACCCCACUUAGAAAGGGAAACCCCAAAACCACGGAGAAAAUCAGGAAAAGUGAAAGAGGAGAAAGAGAAGAAAGAAAUUAAAGUGGAAGUAGAGGUAGAGGUGAAAGAAGAGGAGAAUGAAAUUAGGGAAGAUGAGGAACCUCCUAGGAAGAGAGGAAGAAGAAGAAAAGAUGACAAAAGUCCACGACUACCCAAAAGGAGAAAAAAGCCUCCAAUCCAGUAUGUGCGUUGUGAGAUGGAAGGAUGUGGAACCGUUCUUGCUCACCCUCGCUAUUUACAGCACCACAUUAAAUAUCAGCAUUUGCUGAAGAAGAAAUAUGUAUGCCCUCAUCCCUCCUGUGGGCGACUCUUCAGGCUCCAGAAGCAACUUCUGCGACAUGCGAAACAUCAUACAGAUCAAAGGGAUUAUAUCUGUGAAUACUGUGCUCGGGCCUUCAAGAGUUCCCAUAAUCUGGCAGUGCACCGGAUGAUCCAUACGGGCGAGAAGCCAUUACAAUGUGAGAUCUGUGGAUUCACUUGUCGGCAAAAGGCAUCCCUUAAUUGGCACAUGAAGAAGCAUGAUGCAGACUCCUUCUACCAGUUCUCCUGCAAUAUCUGUGGCAAAAAAUUUGAGAAGAAGGACAGCGUAGUGGCACACAAAGCAAAAAGCCACCCUGAGGUGCUGAUUGCCGAAGCUCUGGCUGCCAAUGCAGGCGCCCUCAUCACCAGCACAGAUAUCUUAGGCACUAACCCAGAAUCUCUGACACAACCUGCAGAUGGUCAGGGUCUUCCUCUUCUUCCUGAGCCCUUGGGAAACUCCACCUCUGGAGAGUGCCUCCUGCUAGAGGCUGAAGGGAUGUCAAAAUCAUUCUGUAGUGGGACAGAGCGGGUGAGCCUGAUGGCUGAUGGGAAGAUCUUUGUGGGAAGCAGCAGCAGUGGGGGCACUGAAGGGCUGGUCAUGAACUCGGAUAUACUCGGUGCUACCACAGAGGUUCUGAUUGAAGAUUCAGACUCUACUGGACCUUAGUAGAAGGGGAGACUAGGCAAUGGGACAGCUCAGACUUUGUAUUUAAAAGAUAAAAAGGACAAAAAAAAUUUAAAGCAUUUAAGAUCUAGUAAAGGAACUGAAGGGCCUGCUCUUUCCAAUAUGGAUCACAGCACACACACAUACAUCCACUCUUUCUCUCCUCCCUCUUCUCUUCCCUUUAUAAAAUUGAUGUUGCCUUUACCAGAAAGGUAGACAAAAAAUACAAAGCUCUUAAAGCGAAGAUUAUCCUCAUGCUCGGUUCCAGCCAGGCAGACUUCUUGUGAUUAGCAGAUUCCUUUUCCCAACCUGUAAAUCUUACAUGUUCUGGAUCAGCUUUUAACUCUUAGUAGUAUAUACUGUCCUUCUUCUCUGCUGCUGCCCCAUGGUCUGGCUACUACCCACUGCAGCACACUUACUCUCAAAGUAUCAUAUAAUUCUAAUCUCUGGAGGCUGGCAGCUUGACUUGGCACUUUAGGGCCCCUUAGCAGGGUGAGCUGUUAAAACAGCACACAUCUCUCACCCCCUUUUCCUCCGUUCCUCACCUGGUUUCAGAAAGGAAGGAUACAUACAUGGGGACCACUUUGACCCCAGCACCUCAAUCCUCCUCCUAAUACCUUUAUAUGGCUCUCAGUGGUGCUCACUUGCUUGGAAGCAGGCUCCCAACAGGGAGGGGCUGCCCUUUACAUGGUCUCUUUGACCAUAGGACAGGGCUGCGUAUCAGUGAGACAUAAAAGUCCCAGUUUAAUGGCAGAAAUUUGCACUUUGAACAUGUGUGUUUUUGUGUUGUGGAACCUGAGAUUUAUUUAUUAACGGAAAGUCUGAUUUUUUUUCUUUUUUCUUUUUUGUCUUUGUUGCUAUAUUUUGUGGGGCUGGGAGAGAUUACAUUAAUCUGACAUGGGGUCCUUUCCAUAAGGUACUUUUGAAGGCAAGAUAAUAGAGUUGAAGAAGCACAGCCAGCCUCUAAAAUCAUAGCUUUCCAGUGGCCUUUAAGCUGGUCCUCGGCACUAA